UCUCACCGCGCCACGCCAAAGCCACGGCACCGCCCUAAAGAGAGGGAGACGAUCAAAACCGGAAGGGGCGUUUACCGUCCGUUCACUGAAAAGCCAGUGGCUGGACCACGGGAAAAGGCUCUGGGAAAAAGGCUAGCCGUGGAGACUUUCCUGGUGGCUUUCUCGAGCGCGCUCUACGAGUGACGGACCUUUACGAAAGAGGUUUCUCGCCGGACAAGCAGUAAUGAUGACAACUCCGUUCCUCUCCUCCUCCCUCGCUCACCCCAUCAGCAUACGGCAGACACCAGCCACAGCUGUUAUGGCCUCUGGCAUGACACUGAUACCACAAGGCCAGCAGCUAUAUGCAGCCAACACUGCCAUCUUCCCCAUCCCAAUGUCAGUCUCACAGGGCCAUGGUGGGUUCCUGCCCACUGUCAGUGUCCAGGGAAUGGUCGGUGGUACCCCUGCAAUCUACCACUCUGGAUUAGACCGAGCCCAGGCCGCGGCACUGCUGAGUCAGCACAACAUGAGCACCCGACUCCUCAUCGCCCCGGCAACCGAAAUAUCAGCGAUGCCGGUGAACACAGAAGAAAAGUAUGAAUUAAAGGAGAACAGACUGACACGAGAGGCAAUGAGGCGGUACCAGAAGGGGCAACGCUGCUGCACGAUAACCAUCAUCCACGCCAAAGUCGCGCAGAAGUCUUACGGAAACGAAAAGAGGUUCUUCUGCCCCCCACCGACGCUCUACCUGACGGGCAAGGGCUGGGAGGAGAAACGGAAGCUGAUUGAUGGGAAAAAGACGGAGGGCAAAGGUCACAUUCACCGGCCGUGUGCUUUCAUCGGCAUCGGGAACUCUGAGCAGGAGAUGCAACAGCUGUCACUGGAGGACAAGAUGUUCUGUGCAGCAAAGACUCUCUACAUAUCAGACCAAGAUAAGAGAAAACACUUCCAGCUAGCCAGCAAGAUAUUCUUUGGAGACGGGCAGGACAAAGGCACCUUCCUCUCCAAGAGAAUCAAAGUCAUCUCGAAACCCUCCAAGAAGAAACAGUCGCUCAAGAACCCUGAAUUAUGUAUUCCAUCAGGUUCAGCAGUGGCCCUGUUCAACAGACUGAGGUCCCAGACAGUCUCAACUCGCUAUCUCCAUGUCGAGAAGGCUCAUUUCCAUGCCAGCAGUCAGCAGUGGGGUUCCUUCACCAUUCAUCUCGUUGAUGACAGCGAGAGAGAGAGCGAGGAGUUCACGGUCCGCGAGGGG